UCAGGAUGUCGGGCUUGAGACUGGGUGACCACGUGUGGCUGAACCUCACCUCUGCUGACAAGACCAGCGUGCCCAUCGGGGGCAUCAUCAAAGAGACAAAGCCUGGAAAGAUCUUGGUUGAAGAUGAUGAAGGCAAAGAACACUGGAUCCGAGCAGAGGACCUUGGCACCCUCAGCCCCAUGCACCCCAACUCUGCUCAGGGUGUGGAUGACAUGAUCCUCCUGGGAGACCUGAACGAGGCGGGCAUGGUGCACAACCUCCUGAUCCGCUACCGGCAGCACAAGAUCUACACGUACACAGGCUCCAUCCUUGUGGCCGUGAACCCAUACCAGGUGCUGCCCCUCUACACCGUGGAGCAGGUGCAGCUGUACUACAAGCGCCACGUGGGCGAGCUGCCACCGCACAUCUUUGCCAUCGCGAACAACUGCUACUUGAACAUGCAGAAACACAAGAUGGACCAGUGCUGCAUCAUCAGUGGCGAGUCUGGAGCAGGGAAAACAGAGACCACCAAGCUCAUCCUGCAGUUCCUGGCCACCAUCAGCAGCCAGCAUUCGUGGAUUGAGCAGCAGGUCCUGGAGGCCAACCCCAUCCUGGAAGCCUUCGGAAAUGCCAAGACGAUCCGAAACGACAACUCAAGCCGCUUUGGGAAGUACAUCGACAUCUAUUUCAACUCCAGUGGGGUGAUUGAGGGGGCGUGCAUCGAGCAAUUUCUCCUGGAGAAGUCCCGGGUCUGCUGGCAGGCCCCGGAGGAGCGGAACUACCACAUCUUCUACUGCAUGCUCAUGGGCAUGAGCGCAGAAGAGAAGGAACUGCUGUGCCUGGGCACGCCCUCCGAGUACCACUACCUGACCAUGGGGAACUGUACCUCCUGUGAGGGGCUCAAUGACGCCAAGGACUAUGCCCACGUCCGUUCAGCCAUGAAGAUCCUCAUGUUCUCCGACUCCGAGAACUGGGACCUCAGCAAGCUGCUGGCCGCCAUUCUCCACCUGGGGAAUGUGGAGUUCAUGGCUACGGUCUUCGAGAACCUGGACUCCUCUGACGUGAUGGAGACGCCCGCCUUUCCCACCGUGAUGAAGUUACUGGAGGUGAAGGAACAGGCACUCCGAGACUGUCUGAUCAAGCACUCCAUCAUCAUCCGUGGGGAGUUUGUCACCAGGCCCCUGAACAUCGCUCAGGCUGCAGACCGGAGGGAUGCCUUCGUCAAGGGCAUCUAUGGGCACCUCUUCCUGUGGAUUCUCAAGAAAAUCAACGCCGUAAUUUUCACCCCACCUGCCCAGGACCCCAAAAAUGUGCGAAGGACCAUCGGCCUCCUGGACAUAUUUGGUUUUGAAAAUUUCCAGAAAAACAGCUUCGAGCAGCUCUGCAUCAACCUGGCUAACGAGCACCUGCAGCAGCUCUUCGUGCAGCACGUGUUCACCAUGGAGCAGGAAGAAUACCGCACCGAGUGCAUCGCCUGGGACUACAUCCGCUACAACGACAACCUGCCCACGCUGGACCUGCUGGCCCUCAAGCCCUUGAGCAUCAUGUCCCUCCUGGACGAAGAGAGCCGCUUCCCACAGGGGACAGACACCACCUUGCUGCAAAAACUGAAGAACGUCCAUGCCAACAACAAGGCCUUCCUGCAGCCCAAGAACAUCCACGAUGCCCGAUUUGGCAUCGCGCACUUUGCCGGCGAGGUGUACUACCAGGCAGAAGACUUCCUGGAGAAGAAUCGGGACGUGCUGAGCAAGGACAUCCUCACCCUGGUCCACUCCUCCCAGAACAAGUUCCUGCGGGAGAUAUUCGGGCUGGAGUCGUCGGAGCGCAAGCAGGGCCGAGGGACCAUCGUCCGGGUGACGGCGGGCAGCCAGCUCUUCAAGUCUGCAGACUCCAGCAAGCGGCCCUCCACCUUGGCGGGCCAGUUCAAGCAGUCCCUGGACCAGCUGAUGAAAAUCCUGACCAACUGCCAGCCCUACUUUAUCCGCUGCAUCAAACCCAAUGAGUACAAGAAGCCACUGCUCUUCAACCGGGAGCUGUGCAUCUGGCAGCUGCGCUACUCAGGCAUGAUGGAGACGGUGCACAUCCGCAAGUCCGGAUUCCCCAUCCGCUACUCGUUCGAGGAGUUCUCGCAGAGGUUCUGCGUCCUGCUGCCCAGCGCCGUGAGCACGGAGCUUCGGGGCAAGUUUCGCCAGAUGACCCUGCGCAUCGCCGAAAGCUGGCUGGGCACAGACAAAGACUGGAAAGUGGGAAAGACCAAAAUUUUCCUGAAGGAAUACCAGGAAACCCUGCUGGCGGUACAGAGGAGCCAGGUCCUGGACAAGGCUGCAGUCAGCAUCCAGAGAGUCCUGCGGGGCUACAGAUACAGGAAGGAGUUCCUAAGGCAGAGGCGGGCAGCUGUGACCCUCCAGGCCUGGUGGAGAGGCUACUACAGCCGGAGGAACUUCAAGCUGGUCCUCCUGGGUUUUGAGCGUCUGCAGGCCAUUGCCCGGAGCCACCUGCUGGCAAAGCAGUACCAGGCCAUGCGGCAGAGGAUGGUCCAGCUGCAGGCCCUCUGCAGGGGCUACCUGGUGCGCCAGCAGGUCCAGGCCAAGAGGAGGGCAGUGGUGGUCAUCCAGGCGUACGCCAGGGGCACAGCUGUCCGGCGGAACUUCCGGCGUCAGAAAGCCAAUGAGCCUCUGGUCAUCCCCGCUGGAGAGCAGAAAAGCCCAAGCGCUGUCCCCAGCAGGAAGCGUAAGUCCAUCUACGACACUGUCACCGACACGGAGUUGGUAGAACAGGUGUUCGGCUUCCUGCCUUCCCUGAUGGGCGGGCAGGAAGGCCAGGCCACGCCGCACAUCGAGGAUCUGGAAGAGAGGACCCAGAAGCUACCCGAGGUUGACCUAGACACGGUCCCCAUGACGGAGGAGCCCGAGGAGGACGCAGAUGGCCUGGCCGAGUACACCUUCCCCAAGUUCGCCGUGACCUACUUUCAGAAAUCAGCCAGCCACACACAUAUCCGGCGGCCGCUCCGAUACCCUCUGCUUUACCACGAGGAGGAUGCUGACUGCUCGGCCGCCCUGGCUGUGUGGAACAUCAUCCUGAGGUUCAUGGGUGACAUCCCGGAGCCAGUGCUCUUUGCGAGGAACACCCUGCGUGGUGGCUCGGUGAUGCGGCAGAUCCAUGACGCCCCAGGCAGGGAGAGCGGUGCCCAGCCUCCGGCACACGGCGGAUCCGCACAGGUGGCCAGCCAGCUGAAUAUCAGGGAAGAGGUAUUUGAUCCUGACGAGCCCAUCUCAGAUCGACCCAUGUCCAAUCUGGAGAAGGUGCAGUUCAUCGUGGGUUACGCCAUCCUGCGGCCCAGCCUCAGGGAUGAGAUUUACUGCCAGAUCUGCAAGCAGCUCUCGGAGAACUACAGAACAAGCAGCCUGGCCCGGGGCUGGAUCCUGCUUGGCCUGUGCCUGGGCUGCUUCCCGCCCUCCGAAAGGUUCAUGAAGUAUCUGCUGAACUUCAUCGGUCAAGGGCCAGUCGGCUACGGGCCCUUCUGUGCUGAGCGCCUGAGACGCACCUGUGCCAACGGGGUGCGCACGGAGCCGCCCUCCUGGCUAGAGCUGCAGGCUGUCAAGUCCAAGAAGCGCGUCCCGAUCCAUGUGACCUUGGCGACUGGAGAGAGCCUGACCGUCUCGGUGGACUCAGCCUCGACGUCUCGGGAAGUCUGCCUGCACAUCGCCCACAAGCAGGGCCUCAGCGACCACGUGGGCUUUUCCCUGCAGGUUGCCGUGUACGACAAGUUCUGGUCCCUGGGCAGCGGGCGCGACCACGUGAUGGAUGCCGUGGCCCAGUGUGAGCAGCUGGCCCGGGAGAGGGGCGAGAGCGAGCGCCAGACGCCCUGGCGCCUCUACUUCCGGAAGGAGUUCUUCACCCCAUGGCACGACUCCCGGGAGGACCCGGUCAGCACCCGGCUCAUUUACCACCAAGUCCUCCACGGAGUCCGGUCCGGCGAGUACAGCUUCGAGAAGGAGAAAGACCUGGUGCAACUACUGGCCCAGUGCUGCACCGUGCAGCUCGGCGCCUCGUUGGGGAGCCAGGCCAUCCAGGAGCUGCUGCCCAGCUGUGUCCCCCCCAAGCUCUACAGGACCAAGCCCCCAGAGAAGUGGGCCAGCCUGGUCACCGCCGCCCAUGCCGAGGCAGCAUACACGCAGAAGCAGGCCACGCCGCUGGCCGUGCAAGAGCGGGUGGUGGACACCGCCUGCCUGAAGUGGCCGCUGCUCUUCUCGCGGCUAUUUGAGGUCACCACACUCUCAGGCCCCCGACUGCCCAAGUCUCAGCUGAUCUUGGCUGUUAACUGGAAGGGGCUGUACUUCCUGGACCAGAAGGAGAAGAUGCUCCUAGAGCUCUCUUUCCUAGAGGUCAUGAGCCUGAUCACCAACAGGGAGGCCCAGGGUGGGCAGAGGCUGGUGCUCGUCACGCUGCACGAAGAGGAGUUCGAGUUCAGGUCCCCCAGCAGCGUGGCCAUCGCCGAGCUGGUGGCCAUGUUUCUGGAGGGCUUGAAGGAGAGGUCCGUGUUCGCCAUGGCCCUGCAGGACAGAAAGGCCACAGAGGAUGCCACCCUCCUGCCCUUCAAGAAGGGAGACUUGCUGAUCCUGACAGAGAAGCAGGGGUUGCUGACCUCUGAGAACUGGACCCUGGCCCAGAAUGACAGGACCAAGAAGACGGGGCUGGUGCCCACGGCCUGCGUCUACAUCAUCCCAACGGUCACCAAGCCCUCGGCAGAGCUGCUGAGCUUGCUGGCCAUGCCACCAGAGAAGCGGAAGCUGGCAGCCCAGGAGGGGCGGCCCGCAGAUCCGGCCCCUGAGGAGCGGCCUGAGGAGAAGCUGCACACCUUGGAGGAAUUCUCCUAUGAGUUUUUUAGGGUCCCGGAGAAGGAGACGGUCAGCAGAGCCGUGCUGCCCCUGGCCCGGCCCCGGGGCCGCCUGUGGGCCCACUCAGUCGAGCCGCUGCGGCAGCCUCUGCUCCGGCGCGUCCACGCCGACACCGAGCUGCGGGACAUCGCCUGUCGGAUCUUCAUCGCCAUCCUCAGGUACAUGGGCGACUACCCCUCUCGGAAGGCCUGGACCUCCCUGGAGCUUACCGACCAGAUCUUCUCGGCGGCCCUGCAGCAGGCGGCCCUGCAGGAUGAGGUUUACUGCCAGAUCCUGAAGCAGCUGACGCACAACACCAACAGGCACAGCGAGGAGCGGGGCUGGCAGCUGCUGUGGCUCUGCACCGGCCUCUUCCCACCUGGCAAGGCACUGCUGCCCCACGCCCAGAAAUUCAUAGACACGCGGAGAAGGAAGGUGCUGGCCCCCGACUGCAGCCGCCGCAUCCAGAGGGUCCUGAGGACGGGGCCCCGGAAGCAGCCCCCGCACCAGGUGGAGGUGGAGGCCAUGGAGCAGAACGUCUCCCGCAUGUGCCACAAGAUCUGCUUGCCCAACAACACGAGCGAGAUGGUGGAGGUGGGCACCAACACCCGGGUGCGGGAGGUGUGCGACAGCAUCGCCGCCCGGCUACAGCUCGCCUCCUGGGAGGGCUGCAGCCUCUUCAUCAAGAUCGCGGACAAGGUCAUCAGCCAGAAGGAGGGAGACUUCUUCUUUGACUCCUUGAGGCAGGUGGCCGACUGGGUGAAGAAGAACAAGCCCCAGAAGGAAGGGGCCGCUGUGACGCUCUCCUACCAGGUGUACUUCAUGCGGAAAUUGUGGCUCAGUGUGGCCCCAGGGAGAGAUGUGAAGGCAGACACCAUACUCCAUUACCAUCAGGAGCUGCCCAAGUACCUGCGUGGGUUCCACAAGUGCUCGCAGGAGGAUGCCGUCCACCUGGCAGGCCUCAUCUACAAGGCCCAGUUUGGCAAUGACCGGUCCCAGCUAGCUAGCAUGCCCAAGGUCCUGAGGGAACUCGUGCCUGAGAACCUCACACGUGUGAUGUCCUCAGAGGAAUGGAAGAAGCGCAUCCUCCUGGCCUGUGACAAGCACAGGGACAUGACAGUGGAGGAGGCCAAGGUGGCCUUCCUGAAGUGGAUCUGCCGGUGGCCCACCUUCGGGUCUGCCUUCUUCGAGGUGAAGCAAACCUCGGAGCCCUCCUACCCGGACAUCAUCCUCAUCGCCAUCAACCGGCACGGGGUUGUGCUCAUCCACCCCAAGACCAAGGACCUGCUCACCACCUACCCCUUCACCAAGAUUGCCAGCUGGAGCAGCGGCAGUACUUACUUCCACAUGGUGCUGGGGAGCCUGGGCCGGGGCAGCCGCCUGCUGUGUGAGACCUCUCUGGGUUACAAGAUGGAUGACCUGCUGACCUCGUACGUGCAGCAGCUGCUGAGCACCGUGAACAAGCAGCGGGACCCCCGGACCUCACCUUUCAAGUCACCCUCUCCCCAGAACCCCCAGCACUACCACCCUGUGGCACCCCAGGGGCCCCCUCCCCCGGGUGCUGACGCUGAGGGCCGAAGGGCAGGGCUGGGACUGGCAGACCUCCAGGCCGACGGACGGAUGACUGCGGAGAUGCUUUCCAUGGGCCCCUCUGCACACCUUUCCUCUUUCCCCGGCCCGGCACCGGACACGGGCUGCCUCCAGGAGGGUCUGCUGGAGGUGGCCGCUGGCUUUGCUGCCCCAAGGGCAGAGCUGCACGCGGGGCCUCGGAGCCUGGGCUGGGCGCCCACGGCCCCCGCCAGCCCUGUCAGAGCCUGUCCCCCGACUCCACCCACCGGGCCAACCUUCAAGGACUGA